AUGAGGAUUCAGUACAUCAUUACCGCCACUGCGCUUGCUGCGGUCACUGCAGCUAAGCCUCAUCACUUGCACCGUCGCGCUCAUACCCACGGUUCACUUAAGCGUGGCACCAUCUUCGCACCUGCGGCAGUUGAGACUGAGAUCGUGUACUGGCUCGAUGAUCACGCGAUCUCAGAAGAAGAGGUAAGCCAAGGUAUCGCCAAUGGCACCUUAAUGUGGGACAACGAUGGUGUCCUAUCGACAUCGACUAGUAGUCCUGUCGCAUUGCCUACUCCGCCUCCAGUUUCCAAGCAUCAGAUACAAGUCGCCGAGCUAACACCAAGGCCUACUCCCGAGAAGCCUGUAGAAGUGCCUAAGCCUGUCGCGCCUGAGACACCAGCGAGCGACCCUUUACUGAGUCCCUCCCAGAAUGCGCAGCCCGUACAGCAAUCAGGCACUUCUUCACGGCCCUGGGCAGAUAUGAUCGAUAAGGACGGUCAUUGUGCAGAGUGCGACAGGAAAUUCCCGAACGGCAAGAUACCUUGCACUGAAUUUCCGUACGGCUACGGCGCCUUACCUACCACUCAAGAAGGGCUGGGAGGUUGGUCAGGUAUUCAAGAUCCUCAAUACGUCGGAGCAGACGGCUUUGAUGACAUUACGACCGUCGUCAAAGGGUCGUGUUCAGACGGCACUUGCUGCACAACUGGUAGCUUCUGUUCCUAUGGCUGCCCCAAUCCCUAUCUCAAGGCUUCGUUUCCCUCGAUCCAAGGCAGAACAGGUCAGAGCGUUGGAGGUUUGUACUGCAACAAAGACGGGUUCCUAGAGAUGGCCGACGGCAAGAUUGCGGAUACGCUUUGCGUACAGGGCUCAAAGCACAUGGGCGUGAAGGUACAGAACAAGCUGUCAAAAUCUGUCUCUUUCUGCCGCACAGACUAUCCGGGCACUGAGUCCAUGACUUUCCCGGUCACCGUUGGCCCUGGUGAAACUGGCUUCCUAGCUAACCCCGACCAACAAAAGUACUUCUUCUGGCAAGGCAAGAAGACAUCAGCCCAGUACUACGUCAACAAGCAAGGCAUACCAGAAAAUGAGGCUUGUACUUGGGGUACAGAGAUGGGAGGCAAGGGCAACUGGGCACCAGCAGUUUUCGGAACAUCCUUCGACGAUGGUCCAAUGCAGGAAGGUUUCUCCAGUAUAAAGCAGAACGAACUGUGCAAGAAAGAGCGACUCGGAUACGAUAUCACUUUUCUUGGUGAUGGCGUCAUCUCUCCUUGCAGAUACAAGAGCGCUACAAACCAGUGGUGUGAAGGUGACACCUGCUGGGAAGACCCGGAUCGCGGCUGCACUGCUGCUAUCAAGCGGGGUGACCUCUUGGUUGUACUAUCGGACGGCUAG